AGAGAGAGAUCGAUCCAUGCUGACAGAACUUGUGGUGUGUACUGUAGGAGCGACACAGCCCAUCCCAAAAGACUCGUCAUACUGGAACUCUCAAACACUGGAGGCCAAACACAGCAUGACUGCACAGCGGCUAGACACUCUGCAGUUCUCAACAACUAUGUGACGGGACAGAGCGCUCAAAACUUUACACAAGUUCAUGUGAGGAGUGUUACAGGGGAACACAACUGGAAACUAAGACCAGACUUGCCGCAGUCAGAAUGAGUGCUUCAGAGGAAAUAAUGGGGAUUUUCCAGAACGUCUGGACCAAACUGCAGGCCCUUCCUCAAGCCCACCCGCUCACGCAGACGGCGUUUCUCAUCAUCCUGCUGUUCUUCUUGACAUUCAUGGCUCUGAUCGUGACUGGAUGCAUUUAUGGCCGCUGUGGCUGCUGUACGAAAGGGACCAAAAACAGAGUCUCAGCUGUCUGAAACAAUAAAGAGGAAGAUAGCAGACCACAAUGGGCUAAAAUAAAAUUUGGUGGUGACUGAUGGUUUGGACUGGGAUUGCUAUGAAAUCACACAUUACAGUGAUUAAAUUCAGUCAGUGAAAGUGGCACACACUGUAAAGCUGAAUGAAAACAACACUCAUCAGCGACAGUCGUGAAGCAAAUCAGAAGAGCUUUAAAUGCAGAGACAAGUGUUUGGCUGAGAAAAACGCUCCCCUUAAUUAUGAAUGUCACAAAUAAACACCAAAUUCCCAACCUCUCUCAUUAUGGGAAUGCAACCACUAUGAAACCAGUGCCAAAUACUGCCCUCUGGGGUUUGCUUACACAACUGCAGAGAUGAGGAAACGAGAGGGGGACAGUUGUGUGUUCAUCAAAUGCUGUUCAUCAAAGAAUCCUGAAAAAAAUGUAUCACGGUGUCCACAGAAAUAUUAAGCAGCACAACUGUUUUCAACAUUUAUAAUAAUAAUAAAUGUUUCUUCAGCAUAUUAGACUGAUUUCUGAAUGAUCAUGUGGCACUGAAGACUGGAGUAACGACUGGAGUAAAAAUUCAGCUUUGCAUCACAGAAAUAAAUUACAUUUUAAGACAUAUUACAAUAGACAACAGUUAUUCUAAAUUGUAAUAAUAUUUGUUAAUAUUACCGUUUUUACUGUAUUUUAAAUUAAAUAAAUGCAGCCUUGGUAAGCAUAAGAGACUUUUUUCAAACACAUAAAAAAAAUCUUUUGAUCAAUAGUGUAUUAUUCAAGAAUUAAAUGUAAUAUUGUUGACUUAAUUCUACUAUCGUGUUGAAUUAAGGUUAUGUUCUAUAAUAAGGAGGUGUGUGUAUAUAUAUAUAUAUAUAUAUAUAUAUAAAGUGAGCUAAGUAUUCUUGCAUGUUUGUUUUUGUUUUUGAACCACACUAUUCUGUUUUAUUAAACAUUUAUUACAC